AUGAGUGGGUGUUAAUUUUUAGAUAACACCAGACUUCUUCCUGUGAUUGCUAAUAAUUAUCUAAUGUGUUGGGCCAUCUUUCAGUGUCCAAAAUAUCAUUGAGUAGCAAACUUUUUAUUUUGGGUGAAUUAUUGUGAGGAAAAAGAGAGCCCAAAAUGUUUAAAUUGGGCUGUAUUUUCCUGCUAAUAUGGACUUCCGUAUAUUGCGAUGAACGAGGUCCCAGAGUCAGGCGAAUUGUUGGUGGUGCACCUGCAAAUAUUCCCCCUGCUGAUGACCCAGUUGUUUACACCAGAUUCAACGGUAAAACUGCAGCAAUAAGAGGAGUAUUAGAUUAUCCUCACUACGCAUUCAGGGGAAUAAGAUUUGCAAAACCACCUGUUGGAAACCUGAGGUUUGUGAGACCACAGGAAACUUUUCUUGAAGGUUUUGUUAAUGCCACAUUGUAUCCUCCACCAUGUAUUCAACCAAUUCGUAACACUGGAUAUAUGGUUGGUCAAGAGGAUUGUCUUUUCUUGAACAUAUUUACACCUGAUCUUCCUACAGGAACAGAAGGAUUACCAGUGUUAGUAUGGAUCCAUGGGGGUGGUUUCAGAUAUGGAUCUGCUUCACAAUAUGGGGUGAAAAGUCUUGUUGGUCAAAAAUUGGUGGUUGUAACCAUUCAAUACCGACUAGGAUCACUUGGUUUUCUAAGCGGUGGCACCAAAGAAGUACCCGGAAAUGCCGCCCUAUGGGACAUGGCAUUGGCAAUUCAAUGGGUCAAGAAUUACAUUGGGUUCUUUGGUGGAAACCCAUUCAAAAUAACCAUCUCGGGACAUGGUUCAGGGGCUAGUAGCGCUUUACUUGUAGCUCUGAGUCAAUCCAAUCAAGAUAAUUCUGCUGGAGUUGUUGCUAUGUCUGGCACUGCUAUUUCCCAUUGGGCUAUAGAUGAAACUCCAGUUACCACUGCCAGAUCUUUGGCUGAGAGGAAUGGAUGCAUUACUUCCAGUGAACUAACCAUGUUCAAGUGCUUGCAGGGAUUAGAUCCCAAACAAAUUAUUGCUGGUGAUUCCGAUAUAGAAUUCCAACGUCUUCAACAAAAAGGUUUCCAAAAUGGUAUGGGUGGUGGACUUGGAGCAGCACCUGUUAACGAAGGAAGACAUGACGGAAGAUCACUACCGCGUCUGGUCCAAAACAAACCAAUGGACGAUAUGGAAAAAGGAAAUACACCCAAAAUUCCCCUGUUGUUAGGAACCACUAAAGAUGAGACGAAAAGAGCUUGUACUAGUGUUUACAAGAAUGACAUUGUUGACGCCCUGACUACCAUUCCAAACUUUUUGGAAAAAGAAUUGAUAUCCUCUUUACAAGGUCUCAUCAAUUUACCUACAAUACCUUUGUUUCCCUCUUCGAACACCAGUUUUGGAUUAGGUGGUCUCUUCCAAGCAUUGGACCCUGGCAAAUUCAGAAAGUACAUUGAGGUCCCAGUCAAUGAUUUCGAGGCUGCUUUUUCCAAGAUUGCCGAAGCUACAACCGAUGCUUUGUUCAAUGUACCUGCUUUCUUGACUGCCAAUAUGUGGUCCAAAGGUGGAGAAACUUUUAUGUACAAGUUCGAGCAUGCCGGUAAAAUGAAAAAAGGAAAUUUUUUCCUGAAUGGAUUUUCACUGGGAGGUGAUGAGCAAGGAAAUAAAUCAGCUGGACCAGACAACUCCGUGAGCCACGGUGACGAAUUGGCCUACCUCUUCGAUCCUCAACACAUAGAUGGCACUCCAGCUGAGCACGAUGAAAAAAUCGACCCUGAAGAUGAAAAAGUCAAAGGAAACUUCGCUCGCAUGGUGGCAGAUUUUGCGCGUGGUGGAAAAGUCAAAAUUGGGGACAAACCCAUCAGUCCUUUCAGCGGAGACUCUAACAGCUACAUCCAGAUAACGCCAGAACCCAAGCUGAUCGAUAACUUCGAAUUCUGCAAGAUGGGUCUGUGGUUGGGAAUUGCCCAGAGACUUCAAUCGUCACUCUGUGGCUUCUUGAAUGUACUUGAUUCCGAACUCAACCAAGCCCAGAAGACGUUGUUCAACACUGUAAAUGCCACCGAACAGAAUAUUGAUAAAACGGUUGAUGAAUUAACGAAGCCUUUGGAUUUAGACCUUUUCGGAAAGCCCAAGAAGACUGGUGGAAAAAAUACUGGCUUGGGCCUUUUGGGAGGGAAGAAGAAGAAGAAGGUUGAUGGAACUGAUGAAAAACUUAAUGGUUCUUUGAAAACUUUAUCUAAGCCUUUGGAUAUUUUCAGUUUGUGAUAGUGAAGUCUUUUAUUGGGAUUGUUGAAAGUUAUUGGUUUGGUUGAUAUGUUUAAUAAAUAUCACAUAGUAUUGAAUAA